GGGCGGGCACCAUCGGCACGAACAGCGCGGGUUCCAUGCGGCAUAGGGGCUGGCUUGGGCUCGGUGGGGACGACGCAGGUUCAGCAUCAAGCUCCAAUGACUGCAGAGUGACAAUUAGAGAUGGAAAGGGUAGGGAGGGCCGCGCAUCGUUCGGCGCGAGCGUUAUGCGGGAGCAUGAGCGUCGGCGUGUGCACGGGCAUAAAGUGAACCAUAUGCAUGCUCACGGGCACUUGCAUAUGGUUGGCAUAUGGUCAUGGAAUCGUGGGGCGGGGACCGGGGCAUUCAUGAGCAUGAGAAUGGGGGCGAAGAGGCUGACAGCGGGCAUGGAGGCAAGGACGCGGCUCAGAGACAGGUCGGACGGCGGAGCGCUCAAGUUGACGUCGCAUUCGCGGCGGCAGAUGCGCGAGAUGGGCAUCAUGCUGCACUCGCUCGUCAUCGGGUUCACACUCGCGAUCACCUCGGGCCCCGAAUUCACUAUUUGAAGGCCUGUCGUUCGGAAUCCGGAUCGCGACGCUACCCGCGGAGGAUCAGAAGCAACAUGAGCAAACGCGCUGGCGAGAACGGGUUGCUCAAGCCUGUGCUCGCACUUAUGUUCGCGGUGACGACGCCCGUUGGGAUCGCCAUUGGGCUGGCGGUGUUCGGGCCCGGCGAAAGCGAAGGAGUGAUCCUGCUCAUGAGCGUGAUGUCCGCGCUUUCGGCGGGGAUGCUCAUAUACGCGGCAUGCAUCGAGAUGCUUGGGGAGACUUUGUGCUCGACCCACAUUUGUUCUGCUCCAUCGUCGGCCGGUGGGCUCUCGCGCUGCGGAUGAUUUUCAUGAUCUCCUUCGUGGUAUGCGUCUGCUUUCAAGUGGCUGCGCGCUCUCGUGAAGUACCGCGUCAAUCCUAGUCUCGGUUCCUCGGUGGUACCUCUGCGGCACUGUCCA